UUGUUAUCUAUCCUCAUAAUCACUGCGUCUGACUUCUUUCUAUCUGUAUAUCUGUGUCUAUCUGUCUUUAUCUAUAUCUGUCUCUCUCUCUCUCUAUCUAUCUAUACCUCUCUCUCUCUAUCUAUAUCUCUCUCUCUCUCUGUCUGCCUCUCUAUCUCUCUAUCUCUCUGUGUGUCUCUCUCUCUCUUUGCGUGUCUCUCUCUCUCUCUCUGUGUCUCUAUCUAUCUAUCUAUUUAUCUCUCUGUGUCUCUAUCUAUCUAUCUACCAUUUCAAAUUUGCUCCCUCUCUCUCACUCAUUUUCUCACGCUCUCUCUCUCACACAUUUUCUCACGCUCUCUCUCUCACUCAUUUUCUCACGCUCUCUCUCUCAUAAUUUAUUUCUCCCUCCCUCUGUCUCAUAUGUUUUCUUUCUCCCUCCCUCUGUCUCAUAUGUUUUCUUUCUCCCUCCCUCUCUCUCAUAUGUUUUCUUUCUCCCUCCCUCUCUCUCAUAUGUUUUCUUUCUCCCUCCCUCUCUCUCAUAUGUUUUCUUUCUCCCUCCCUCUCUCUCAUGUUUUCUUUCUCCCUCCCUCUCUCUCAUGUUUUCUUUCUUAUAUCCCUCUCUCUCUAUGUUUUCUUUUCUCCCUCCCUUUCUUUUUUAUGUUUUUUUCUCUCCUCUCUCUCUCAUGUUUUUUUUCUCUCCCUCUCUCUCUUUUUCUCCCUUUCUCUCUCAUUUUUCUUUCUCCCUCUUCUCUCUCUCUCUCGUUUCUUCUUCUCUCUCUCUCUCUGAUACGUUUUCUUUCUCUCUCUCUCUCUCUCUCUCUUUUCUUUCUCUCUCCCUCUCUCUCUCUCUCUCGUUUUCUCUCUCUCUCUCUCUCUCUCUCAUUUUCUUUCUCCCUCCCUCUCUCUCUCUCAUAUUUUUCUUUCCUCCCUCCCUCUCUCUCUUUUCUCUCAUUCUUUUGCUCCCUCCCUCUCUCUCUUUCUUUUUCUUUCUCCCUCCCUCCCUCUCUUCUCUCUAAUAUUUUUUCUUUCUCCCCUCCCUCUCUCUCAUAUUUUCUCUCUCUCUCCUCCCCCAUUUUCUUUCUUUCUCCUUUAUUACCUCUCUCAUGUUUUCUUUCUCCCUCCCUCCUAUUUUCUCUUUCAUUCUCCCUCUUCUCUCUUGCAUGUUUUCUCUCUCCUCCCUCCCUCUCUCUCAUGUUUUCUCUCUCUUCCCUCUCUCAUGUUUUCUUUUUCCUUUCUCUCUCAUAUUUUCUUUCUCCUCCCUCUCUCUCUUUUCUCUCUGAUCAGAUUUUCUUUCUCCAUCUCUCUUCUAUUCCUUUUUUUUCUCCCUCUCUCUCUCAUAUUUUUCUUUCUGUCUCUCUCUCUCAUAUUUUCUUUUUUCUCUCUCUUAUUUUUCUCUCUCAUAUUUUUUCUCUCUCUCUUCCUCAUAUUUUCAUUUUUUUUCUUUUAUCUCUCAUUCUCUCAUGUUUUUCCCACCCUCCCUCUCUCUCAUUUUUUUUUCUUCUCCCUCUUUCAUCCUUUGUCUCUCACGUUUUAUUUUAUAACUCUCUCUCAUAUUUUUUCUUUCUCCCUCUCUCUCUCCUCUCAUAUUUUUUCUUUCUCCUCUCUCUCUCUCUUAUGUUUUCUUUCUCCCUCUUUUUCUCUCUAUUUUUCUUUCUCCUCCCUCUGUUUUCUUUGUUUUCUUUCAUCUUUCUCUAUCUCAUUUUCUUUCUCCCAUCCCUCUAUCUCAUGUUUUCUUUCUCCCUUUUUUCUCUCUCUCAUGUUUUAUUUCUCCCUCCCUCUCUCUCAUUUUUCUUUCUCCCUCCUCUCUCAUUUGUUUUCUUUCUCCCCUAUUUUCCUUUUUUUUUCUUUCCCAUCCUUUCCUCUCUCUCCCAUAUUUUCUCUCUCCCUCCCUCUCUCUCAUAUUUUUCUUUCUCCCUCCCUUUCUCUCAUGUUUUCUUUCUCCCUCCCUCUAUCUCUCAUCUUUUUUUCUCCCUCCCUCUCUCAUCUUUUUUUCUUUCUCCUCUCUCUCUCUCAUGUUUUCUUUCUCCCUCCCUCUCUCUCAUUUUUCUUUCUCCUCCCUCUCUCUCUCAUUUUUCUUUCUCCUCCCUCUCUCAUUUUUUCUCUCCCUCCCUCUUUUCUCUCUCUCAUAUUUUUUCUUCUCUCUCUCUCUCUCCUAUUUUCUUUCUCCCUCUCUCUCUCUCAUACGUUUUCUUUCUCCCUCUCUCUCUCUCAUACGUUUUCUUUCUCCCUCUCUCUCUCUCAUACGUUUUCUUUCUCCCUCUCUCUCUCUCAUACGUUUUCUUUCUCCCUCUCUCUCUCUCUCAUAUUUUUUCUCUCUCCCUCUCUCUCUCAUACGUUUUUUCUCUCUCUCUCUCUCUCUCUCAUAUUUUUCUCUCUCUCUCUCCCUCUCUCUCUCUCUGUUUUCUUUCUCCUCCCUCUCUCUCAUAUUUUUCUUUCUCCCUCCCUCUAUCUCUCUCAUAUUUUUCUUUCUCCCUCCCUCUAUCUCUGUUUUCUUUUCUUUUCCUUCUCCUCAUGUUUUCUUUCUCCCUCCCUCUCUCUCAUUUUUUUCUUUUACCCUUUCUCUCUCUCUCUCAUUUUUUCUUCCUCCCUUUCUCUUUUGUUUUCUUUUCCCUCUCUCUCUCUCUCUCUCUGAUACGUUUUCUUCUCCCUCUCUCUCUUUACGUUUUCUUUCUCCCUCUCUCUCUCUCUCUUUAUUUUCUUUCUCCCUCUCUUUCUCUCUCUUUAUUUUUCUUUCUCUCCUCUCUCUCUCUCUCAUAUUUUUUCUUUCUCCCUCUCUCUCUCUCUCAUACAUUUUCUUUCUUUCUCUCCCUUUCUCUCUCUCAUAUUUUCUUUUCUCCUCCCUCUCUCUCAUGUUUUCUUUCUCCCUCCCUCUUUCAUUUUUUCUUUCUCAUUUUUCUCCCUCUCUCUCAUAAUUUUUCUCCCUCCCUCUUCAUAUUUUUUCUUUCUUCUCCCUCCCUUUCUCUCUCAUCCCUUUUCUUUCUCCCUCUCUCUCUCUAUGUUUUCUUUCUCCCUCCCUCUCUCUCUGUUUUUUUUCUCCCUCCUCUCUCUCAUAUUUUUUUUUUCUCCUCCCUCUCUCUCAUAAUUUUUUCUUUCUCCCUCCCUCUUUCUCAUUGUUUUCUUUCUCCUCCCUUAUCUCUCUGUUUUCUUUUUACCCUCCCUCUCUCUCUAUUUUUUUUUCCCCUCUCUCUCUCAUGUUUUCUUUCUCCCAUAUUUUCUCUCAUGUUUUCUUUCUCCCUCCCUCUCUCUCAUCUUUUUUUCUCCUCCCUUUUUCUCAUGUUUUCUUUCUCCUCUCCCUUUUUUUUUUCUCUCAUGUUUUCUUUCUCCCUCUCUCUCAUAUUUUUUCUCUCUCUCCUUUCUCUCUCUCUCUUAUAUUUACUCUCUCUCUCUCCUCUUUCUCUCUCUCUCAUAUUUUUCUCUCUCUCUCUCUCUCUCUCUUUCUUUCUCUCUCCCUUUGCUUGCUCUUUUUUCUCUCUCUCUCUCUCUCUCAUCCUUUCUCUCUCUCUCUCUCUCUCCUUUUCUUUCUCUCUCUCUCAUCUUUCAUUUUUCUCUCUCCCUCUCUCUCAUAUGUUCUCUCUCUCUCUCUCUCUCAUAUGUUUUCUCUCUCUCUCUCAUAUAGGAGUCGUAGAAUGGAAUGUUCCAGAGAAUGUUGAAAUUACGGUCACUUGUUUCCGUGAUACAAGACAAGAGCAAUAUGAAGACAAAGAAUGGACCUUUGUCAUUGAGAGUGUUAGUAAAGCUGGGAGAAGAAAGAUUCUUGCUUCAAAACCUAUAAAUAUGACAAAAUUUGCUAGUCAUGUUCCCACACAGAACACAAUCACAUUACAACUGAAGCCGGCAACAAAAAAGAUUAAAGAAGCAAGUCUUCAUUUUACACUGUCCUGUCUCUUUUUACGUGAAGGAAAAGCAACUGAUGAGGAUAUGCAGAGUGUAGCUAGCUUAAUGAGCAUUGGAAGAACAGAUGUUGGAAAUCUUGAAGAUCUUGUUGAAGAUGAAGAAAAUGAAACUCUUGAUAUCAACAAUAAAUUUUUGGAAGUUUCAGCAAAACUAAGUCAGUUGGAAGCUGGUUCAAAAGGUCAGAAUGACUUAUCUCCUGGAUAUCAGAUGUUCCCAGAAGAAAAAAGCAUGAACCCUUUUGAAGAUGACUUGAAUGAAUCUUUUGACUCAAUGAAUCCAUUCUCAGAAAAGGACUGUACUGGAAAUGCCUCUAUGGAUGCUUCUAGUAUGAAUCCCUUUGAAGAUGAUGAUAAGCCCGUUGUGGAAUCUCGUUUCUCCUUUGAAGCACAAAAACCCAAGGCUAAUUUUAAACCUAACAAAUCGGAGACUCUUCCUGCUGCUUUUAGGAAGAAGACCAGUUCUAGCCAAUUUCAUAACCAAUCAUCAGAUGCUGAAUCUCUUCAACGUCCGCACUAUGAAGGUACUCCACCUACCACACCUCCAAAUGAAAAACGUGUUGUUAGAGCCAUUACACCUCCUCCUGUACCAUCAGCUUCUAGGUAA